AUGGGAAAGCAAAAGCAAAAGGAAUCGCAACCCGAGGAGGAAGAAGAGGAAAAUCAAGAAGAAGAAUCUGCCACAGGUAAUCGUGAAGAUGAAGAUCAGAGUUGGAGUUUGAUUGAUAAGCUUCAAGAGGUCGGCAUUGGAGCUGCUGAUAUUAAAAAGUUGAAAGAAGCCGGUAUUUAUACUGUAGAGUCGAUCAUGAUGAGAACUAAAAAGAAGUUGUGUUCCAUUAAAGGCUUGAGUGAGGCAAAAGUUGACAAAAUUUUAGAGGCAACCUCAAAGAUUAGUUUCUCUGGAUUCGUCACUGGAAAUGAUUUCAUGAAUCGUCGGAAACGGGUCAUUCGAAUCACAACAGGCUCCUCCACGCUGGACAAUCUUCUUGGAGGUGGAAUUGAAACCAUGUCCAUUACCGAAGUAUUUGGCGAAUUUAGGACGGGCAAGACUCAGAUGUGCCACACUCUUUGUGUUACGGCACAAUUACCCAAAGCACAAGGUGGAGGUUGCGGUAAAGUUGCUGUCAUUGAUUCUGAAGGAACUUUCAGACCCGAAAGAAUUGGACCCAUUGCAGAGAGAUUUGGUCUGAGUGCUGAAGAUGCACUCUCGAACAUUCUGGUGGCACGAGCCUACACCAGUGACCAUCAAAUGCAAUUGUUGCCUCAACUCACUGCUAAAUUUGCCGAAGACACCUAUCGUCUCCUUAUUGUUGAUUCUGUUACUGCUUUAUUCAGAGUGGACUAUUGCGGACGAGGAGAAUUGAGCGAGAGGCAACAAAAGUUAGGACAGUACUUGUCAAGUUUGAUGAAGUUGGCAGAAGAGUUUAAUGUUGCUGUCUUUAUCACAAACCAGGUUCAGGCUGACCCUUCUGGUGCAAGCAUGUUCACUGCCGACCCAAAGAAACCUGUUGGAGGCCACAUUCUUGGACACGCGAGCACCACACGCUUGUAUCUGAGAAAAGGCAGAGCCGAACAGAGAAUUUGCAAGAUUUAUGAUUCUCCUUCUCUCCCAGAGGCUGAAGCCGUCUAUCAGAUAUCCAAUGAUGGCAUUAAAGAUGCAGAGAGUUAA